CACGUAAUUCAAAGUGCUCAAACUCCGCGGGAGAUUCAAUUCUAUGGGGUGAAGAGUUUUGUCGAUUGCUUUUACUGCGUGUCGGCCAACAUCAUUUCACCAAAUUCUCAAAUUGAACUUGAAUUAAAUUUUGGCAAGAUGAGCAACGGUCUUCCGACCAGUGGGGGUGUGUCUGUCGAAGAAUUGCCGGAGAAGAUGGACAAAAGUUUACAAAAGGAGAAUAAACGGUUGAAGGGUGACAUUAAACAAAUGGAGAUGAAGAUCAAAGCCAUGCAAGUCGAGUGUACGAAAUCAUUUCAAAUGAAAGAACGUCUUGAAGGACUUUGUCGAGAGUUGCAGAAACAAAAUAAGUAUAUUAAGGCUGAAAGCUCGUCAAAAAUUCAGGAAGCGAACGCUCGCGGAAAGGAAUUAGCCAGUGAGGUUCAGAACAAUAUGGGAUUUAUGAAGUCAAUUAAUGAAAACUUGGCUGCGAUUAGUAGCGAGAGUUUGACGGUGAAACGGGAGAAUGAAGAAUUGGCCAAGAAAAUCGCAAUUUUGAAGGGUCACUACGAAGAAAGGGAGCAGAUUUUGCAAGAAGCUCUCAAAGAGACCAACGAUUCUUUGCAAAAGGCCAAAAUCGACCUGGGCGAGACCAAAUUGAAAGGCGCAGAGGAGAAACAACAACUUAUUGGCGAAAUGCAAAAGUUGGCCGACUCCCUAGUCCAGAGUCGGGAACAGUUGAAAGACGCGAAACAAACCGAGGUCUCAUUGAAAGGAAUGAUUCAAAAUUAUGAAGACAAGUUUAAUGGGCUUCAAAAAUCCUUGAUGGACACGAACGGUUCCUAUGAAGAGUUUCGGAGUGAGAUGAACAAGGUAAGCUCCCGAACCAAAGAGUUGGAGAAGGAGACUUUCAAAUGGCAAAAGCGCUGGGAAGAGAGUAACGUAUCAUUGCAGAAAAUGCGAGAAAAUUACGCCCGUGUUCAAGAUGAUUUGCAAAAAAGUCAAGAAAAUCUCGAUAAGAUGAAGACUCUUUGCCGUACGUUGCAUACGGAGAAUAGAGAUCUACUACUCGAGCUGAAGGGACAGGUUGUUGAAAAACAAAAUGGAGAAGAAUCAGCCAGUGGUCAUGAGAGUGGUUCGGAGUCCUCUGCCUCUGGUGUGACGGGACUGACCGCAUCGGCAGUGGCGACCCUGGCAUCUAUAAAUACGGAGGUGGAAAUUGAGAAAUUAGCUGCUUUGCCUAAGGUUAAAGUUGAAGAAAAUCAAGUACCCAAGAAACCUAAUGAAAAUGAACUCGGUAGUCCUAAAAAAGACAAAAAGAUUGAUGACGAUAGCAACAACUUAUCCAGCCCUGUUAACAAGGGUUCUAAGAACGAGGACAAAUCUCCAAGUCAGUCAGAAAUAGAUGUUGCUGCGACUCCUUCUCCAGCAAUUGACGCCAACGGAAAUGCACCAGCACAACCCGUCCUUCCCAGCAACCCAACAACCCCGGAAAAAAUUACCGAGCAAAAAGAAACCUCUACUUCCAAUAAGGAAACAGCAUCACCAACACCACCCCCACCAAAAAUCUUAGAACAACCCCCCACUGCUGGCCCCACUACGCCUGGAGACACCAGUGAUUCUGGCUCCAAGGGAAAGAAGAAUAAGAACAAGAAAAAGAACAAAAAAUGAAACCCUACAUAAACUUCCUUGAAAUUGUUUUUAAAAACUGUUGGGUUAAUAAUUCUUAAUUAAUUGCACUUUCAGUCAUUACUUACUAUUAGUUUAUUCGAUUUUUGUUGUUUUUGUGUGCGUUUUAACCAUUUGUUUUAAUCUACCAAUUUAAUUUUACUGACUCUUUGUCUGAUGUAUUUACUACAUAUUCUUAUUUGUUACGGGAGGGGACCUCAGAAGUCGCAUCUCUUCAUUUAUAGUUAGUAUUUAGUAUUUAGUUAUCUCUUCAUUUUAAUCCUACCGACAACCAAAUCUAGUCAUGUCACAUCCUCAAAUUAGUAGGUAAACUUUGAGACUGCAAAAACUGACCUUAGAUUACAUACUAGGUCAUUAUACCACUACUAUUGAACUGAUGAACCUACCUAAAAAUACUUACCUAUAACACAUCACUUACUCUCUAAUUAUACGACUAGCCUAUUAUGUUUUACAAAACCUGCAUGAGGAAAACACAAAGUCAUCAUGCUACGCUUGCCCCCCUUACUAAAAAAAAACCAUGAAAUACCUCGUGUGUGCACUGAUUAACCAAUUAACUAACUAAUUCUAAGAUUAAGAUUACUACAUAAAUGUCCAUAGCAAAUUACAUGGCCAGUAUUGUCCAAGUCAGUACACAGUCACCCGAGACGAAUUUAACUUGAAAUUGUGUAAAGGAAAUUCUUACUUCAUCAUGACUGAUCUGAAAAUUUUAGAAUAUUAACAUACCUCAAAUAAGAUUAUGUACAUAAUACUAACAGUUUCUUCUAUUAUGAUUAAUAAAGUUUUGAAAUGGGUGCUUUAAAAAAAA